CUAGUAGCAAUAUCAAAGAUUGAAGGAUUAUCUAACAUCGUUCACAUUUGAAAGGCGUUCAGGCAAUUUGAUCGAAUGAUGGCAGCUCAUCAUCAGGCCUAUUCUUCAUCAUCCUCUUCUGGUUCGAGUUAUGAAGUGUUCUUGAACUUUCACGGUAAAGACGUUCGCACUAAUUUCGCGGACCACCUGUACCAUGCCUUGGUUCAGAACGGAAUAAAAACUUUCAGGGACGAGGAGGAACUCCGCAAGGGAAACGAGAUUCGCCCGGAGCUGCUCCCUGCAAUCCAGCAGUCACGAAUCUCCAUUCCCAUCUUCUCGAAGAACUAUGCUUCAAGCAGAUGGUGUCUCGACGAGCUAACCAAGAUCUCUGAAUGCAAAAGAGCAAUGAAGCAGAUAGUCUUGCCCAUUUUCUACAGAGUUGAACCAAGGGAUGUGCGAAACCAGAAAAGGAAAUAUGAGGAAGCCUUUAAGGAAUACCAGAUGAGCUGCGACCAGACAACCGUGCAAAAGUGGCAAAAUGCUCUGAAAGAGAUUGGAAAAUUGAAAGGAUGGCAUUCGAAGAAAGACACGUAAGUCCAACAGUUCCGUUUUGGUUCCAUAUUUGAGGGUUAAUCCCUUCU